AAUGAUAGAGUACUGCUGGGGUAGGCUAGCUGCGUUGUUGACACUACCCUAAUCAAGUCGUACCGUUGAGUGUGAAGUUUCUACAAUGCUGCUUAUCGGGAGCUAGCUGGCUAGCUAGCAGUGUUGGUUACGUUACGUUGCGUUAGGAGAACGACAAUAGCUGGCUAGCUAACCUAGAAAAUCGCUCUAGACUACACAAUUAUCUUUGAAACAAAGACGGCUAUGUAGCUAGCUAUGUAGCUAGCUACGAUCAAACAAAUCACACCGUUGGGACUGUAAUGAAAUGAAAUGAAAAAGUGAUACUACCUGUGGAGCGACGCGGAAUGCGAAAGUUCUAUUCAGUAGACGUUGGCUGGCUAUUGGCUAGCUAGGAGUGUCUCCUACGUUAAGGACGACAAAAUAGCUGGCUAGCUAACCUCGGUGUUGGGGAAUCUAUCAAAUAGAGCACCUCUAACUUUGUACAGUACUAAUGCAAUUAGUGGUGACAUUUAGUUUGUGUGUUUAUUGUUUGAAGUGCAAUAAUCAGGAUCUCUUCUUUAUAAGUGUGUUAUUCUAUAUAUGUAUUUGUGUGAUACAGGAUUAGUUUAGUUUAAUUUGUGUGGUUUUUGUUAGAAAUAGGUUAGUAGUGUAAUAAUCAGGAUCUCUUCUUUAUAAGUGUGUUAUUCUAUAUAUGUAUUUGUGUGGUUUUUGUUAGAAAUAGGUUAGUAGUGUAAUAAUCAGGAUCUCUUCUUUAUUUGUAUUUAGACACUACAAUUUGUUUCUAUCGGUCUUUGCUACUUCUUUUUGAAAUGUAUAGUUUUAAAUGAUAUGGUUAUUUGUUUGUGUUGUUCCAAAUGUCUGAAUAAAAAUGACAGUUGAAAAAAACACAGAAAACAUGAGAAGAACAAAGGAAUGAUCUUUGUCAUCAGGUGGCAAUAACACAACCCUUCUCUCUGACGGACACCGGACAGCCUCAAGCCUUUGUUAAACAGGUGGAACAGGAAGCCAUCAUUGGUGAAAGGUAUGUGCAGGGCUAUAAAAGCUCAAAGUCUUGCAAGGGGACAAUUGAAGUCUGGUGUACAACCAAACGUAUACUGUAGAUCUACAGAGACAUCAUGAGAGUCACUGCAGCCGUCCUAUUGGUCCUCUGUCUCCUGACCAUCAGUCAUGCCUGGGACUGUCAGGAGGUAGAAAACAUCAAGAAUCUGAUGCAGAUCGAUGCAGGACUGGGACAAGUGGUUGCUACGGACACAAGUCAAAUCCCCUACUACCUGGUAGGUGAUGAAUGGAUCCGCCUGCCUGGUUCCCUGAAUCAUAUCACUGUAGGACCAGCAGGGAUCUGGGGUGUCAACAAGGACUAUGCAAUCUACAAGUAUGUGGCCGGUAACUGGGUGCAAGCUUCAGGCCUUCUGAAACAGUUGGAUGCUGGAGGUGAACAGUUUAUUGUGGGGGCCAACAUGGAUGAUACUCCAUUCUGUCUGACACGUAGUGCCACAGUUGGUUACAAGGGUCCAGGCUCACCUCUUCCAUGGACAGGAUUGCCAGGAGCUGUGAAGUACUACAGCUGUGGACCCUUUGGGUGCUGGGCAGUCAACAAGAACGAUGUUAUCUACUUAAUGAGUCUGAAUCAAGACUGUCAACACAACGGGUGGAGUCACAUUGACGGCAAGCUUUCCAUGAUUGAGGUGGCAACUGAUGGUAGUGUCUUUGGGGUCAACUCUGCGGGUAGUGUUUUUACCAGAGACGGCAUCACAGCCAGUAAACCAGAGGGCACUGGAUGGAGCUAUAUCCCAAUGUCCAUGCUCAUGGGUCACGUGACCUAUGACCUGGGCCAUCUUUGGGUCAUCUCCAAGUCUGGAGUCACCAUGGUGUGCACACCUUAGCCUCUCCUCUGCAUCUGAUGCCGUUCGGGAUCUGUCUAAAGUUCACUUGCUAACUCAUUGAUCUCUCUUUCUGGAACAGCCUUCUGCUUGAGAAUGCCCAACAUUAGUUCAUAAGAAUCCUUCAUUCUAAAACCUACUACUCUAACUAUACUUUUCAGUACUUUAUCUCUGUCAAUAGUAAUCACUGAUCUUAAUGAUCUUGCUUCAGAGGUUAUUCAUAGAGAUGGAUGGAAUCCCUUUCAAUGCUUAUUAUCUCAUUAUAUAAUCAUUUCCAUAAAAAAA